AUGUUCACCCAAACCUGUAAUGAUGAGCAUAUUCCUAAUGACAACCCCACCGACAACUCGAUCAUGCUGCUAGAAGACAUGCUUAACCACCAAACAAAGAUCCCAAUUGAGUGGCACACCUCCAUACAUGAAGUUGGUCAGAAAUUUGAUAGUGCUACUGAAGUUAGAUUAGCAUUUCUAUACUAUUCAAUUGCUAAACAGUUCGAGUAUGAUUUUUACCACAAUGAACAAAGGCGCAUAAGAGUCUAUUGCCGAUUCAAGCACACACAUGGUUGCCCUUGGAUGUUGUUUGCUUCCCCGCUCAGAAAUUUGUCUAUCAUGUUCAUAAAGAAUUUCGAAUCUACCCACACCUACGGUCAACAUGGAGCAAAUGCUGGCAACUCAAGAACAUCAAGGAAGUUCAUUGCUAGCCAAAUACAAGAUAUUUUAAAGGUUAGGCUAGAUCUUUGUGCAGUUAAUAUCAAGAACGACAUGCUCUCUAAUUUUGGCAUUAAGAUUAACUACAGUAAAGCGUGGUGGGGUAAGAAGUCAGCUCAACAGGACCUGUUCGGUGAUGAUGAUGAGGCUUACGAUUCACUGAGAUGUUUGAAGAUUAGUUGUUAUGGUUAUGAAUUCGUUGCUAAAUUUACUGCUUUGUUAUUAUAUUCAUGCAAGUAUGAAUCCAUGGUGCAUGCAACUAAUCCAGGGAGUCGUGUUGUUAUUGAUACUGAUGAUGGGAGGUUCAUUGCUGGGUGCAGGUCUCUAUUAUUUUUGGAUGGAACAUUUAUUAAAGAUCGCUACAGAGGUAUACUACUUAGUGCCACCGGGUAUGAUGGCAACCAGGGAAUAUUUCCCCUUACUUAUUGCGAUGAUGACAUGAAAGAAUUAGCAGCAAUCGAUCACAGGGCUUACGUCACUGUAAUGGAAUACUACCCGGAGAGAUGGGCAAACACGUAUUUUCCUGGUAUAAGCUAUGAUCAUGUUACUUCAAACGUUGCUGAGUCCUUCAACAGCUAG